UUACCAUUUGUAAUGGAUAUGUUUACCUAAUCGGUCUAUACAAGAGGGUUGAGGCUCGUCAUCUCCGUCACACACCAUCUUUGCCCCUCAUUUUCACCAACCACACACUCUCUCUCUAUCUCUAUCUCUAUUGCAGUUAACUCGCCGUACCGGAGAACUGAAAUCGGCAACUAUGGCAGCUACAUUUGCUACAGUGUCGAAUUUAGGCUCAAUUUCAGUUCCACGAGUUGCAAACCCUACAUAUGCUGCUUCUCCGAAGUUGCUGAAAUCUUCAUUCUCAUCGUCAAGCUUAUUUGGUGGUUCGUUGCGUCUGGAAACUUCAUCGAACCGUUCGGUUCACAGAAAAACCGGCCGUUCAUCAGGUUCUAUUCAAGCUGCGGUGGAGGUGGCGGAUUUGCAAUCCAAAGUGACAAACAAAGUUUAUUUUGAUAUUAGCAUUGGGAAUCCUGUUGGAAAACUUGCUGGACGAAUUGUAAUUGGAUUAUAUGGUGAUGAUGUGCCACAGACAGCUGAAAAUUUCCGUGCACUCUGCACAGGUGAAAAGGGAUUUGGCUUCAAGGAUUCUGCAUUUCACCGUGUUAUUAAAGAUUUCAUGAUUCAGGGGGGUGAUUUCGACAAGGGAAAUGGAACCGGUGGUAAAAGCAUAUAUGGUCGUACCUUUAAGGAUGAAAACUUCAAGUUGGUUCAUACUGGACCUGGGAUUGUUAGCAUGGCUAAUGCAGGCCCUAAUACCAAUGGAAGCCAAUUCUUCAUUUGCACUGUAAAGACUCCAUGGCUGGAUCAAAAGCAUGUUGUGUUCGGGCAAGUUUUAGAAGGCAUGGACAUUGUGAAGUUGAUCGAGUCCCAGGAGACUGAUAGGGGUGACCGUCCAAGGAAGAGGGUUGUCAUCAGUGACUGUGGUGAGCUACCUAUAGCAUGAGGCGGGAAUACAAAUGUUUAGCACUUCAUCUUUGCACACAAUGGAUAUAUGGCCCGUUGUGAGAUAUAGAGCAUAUUCAGUAGUGAGUUUUCAUCCAAACCCCAGGCUUUUUUCUUGUUCUUUUUCUGGGUCUGUUGGAUUUCAAAUUACGGGGUAAAAAGUUCUUGCUAGAAGUGAGUACGAUGUUUUCCUGUUAACUUGGAUGUAUGCAAUUUCAGUUAACAUUGAAUAUUGAUGG